GGAAGAGUGUCCUUGGCGUGCUCAUCACUGCAAGUGACAGGCCGUGCCAGUGAGGAAAUGGUUGCUGACUGUGGCUGAAUCCACAGCUGCCAGAAUAUGCAGCCCAGGGGCCUUCCUGGCAGUGCAAAGGCAGCGGACUGCGCCAAGGAGCUGAUCACCACGUCGUGCACGGGGGUUGCGGCCGGGAGGCAUGGUGACAACUUUCAAGAUUGCCGUGCUGGGUGCUCAAGGGGUCGGGAAGAGUGCCAUUGUCCGCCAGUUCCUGUACAACGAGUUCAGCGAGGUCUGUGUCCCCACCAAGGCCCGCCGUGUCUACCUACCUGCCGUGGUCAUGAAUGGCCACGUUCACGACCUACAGAUCAUGGACUUCCCGCCCAUCACCUCUUUCCCUGUAAAUACCCUGCAGGAGUGGGCGGACGUGUGCUGCCGAGGCCUCCGGAGUGCUCAUGCCUACAUCUUGGUCUAUGACAUCUGUUGUUUUGACAGCUUUGAGUAUGUCAAAACCAUUAGGCAGCAGAUCCUAGAAACAAGAGUCAUUGGCACCUCAGAUACUCCCAUCAUCAUUGUUGGGAACAAGCGGGACCUCCAGAAAGGCCGGGUCAUCCCCCGCUGGAACGUCUCCAACCUUGUGAAGAAGACAUGGAAGUGUGGUUACAUUGAAUGCUCAGCCAAAUACAACUGGCAUAUCCUCUUGCUCUUCAGUGAACUUCUGAAGAGUGUGGGUUGCGCACGAUGUAAGCACGUUCACACUGCCAUCCGCUUCCAGGGAGCCCUGCGGAGGAACCGAUGCACCAUUAUGUGAGACCUUAAGGACCUGCUGUCCCCUCCAUCUCUAUGGGCAGCUUCUCUCCAGUCGCCUGCCAUGUGCAUGGGAGCCUUUUUUUGAUCCAGAGUCGGCUGGGGUGGAAGUUCUUACAAGCAGCUCUCUUCUCAAAGGAAGCCUCAGCCCUUGGCCUCGUUGAGGCCAGCUAGUUUUUGAGGUUUUGGUUUUCUCUCUUGCUGAUCCUUGAAGCAAUGGAUUUGAUGGGGAGGUUUGCUUCUUUAUGCAUAGGAGCCUUUCUGGUUUGCAUCAUGGACCAGGAGGUGCAGCAAUCCGCUGAUGGAGCUCAGAUGCAGAAAGUCAUCCAAGGUGGAGCCUGAAAAAGGGGAUGCGUCUAGUUCAGUCUCUCGCAGCCAGAUUAUAAAUCUACCAAAUGUGGGAUUAGUUAAUAUUUUGUGAAUAAUGCAAUGCAAAUUAAGAGGAGCAGAUGGCCUCUUGAUAUAUAACUAGGCAGCCCAACAGGGAUGGGCAAUCUUUGGCCCUCCAGAUGUUGCUUAAACUACAAUUUAGCAGGUUUAGCUGGUUUGGCUAAAAGAGAAUGAUGCUGCGAGUUCUAAUCCAGCAACAUCUAGAGGUCCACAGAUCAUCCAUUUCUACAUCAGGUCAGCAUUCCUAUAAUGUGAGAUAACUUGCAUCCUGGCUCAGAACCAUGGGUCAGAUAUUUCAGGAGGAAAGAGAAGACAAGAGGAGCAUGAUUGGAUAAUGGACAAGUGAGUCAGGAAGGACCAGCAAAGAUGGGACUGGUAGGGAUUUGUAAGGGUAACUAAAAUAUAAAGAUGGGAUCUCUCAGGUCAUAUGUACAUUGAGAUUGUGAAAGAAUUUGUAGAUACACUUGAUGUAUUUCACAAUACAUGUUCACAGAGACAGGGGAAGCAUUUCAGGCUGGACAUAAAGUAAAUUGGGUUGGCCACUAAACUUCAGCUCAGCAAUUCUGAUGAUAUGAUAACAUGAGUCCAUGAGAUAUAUUUUGCUUACAUUUACACAUUUUUCAAACACAUGCAAACCAACUUUGUACACUUAAAAUUCAGAAUAUACACUUCUGGCUCUCCUGGUGUUGCUGAACUACAACUCCCACAUACCUCACUAUUGUCCAUGCUGACUGGAAGGUAUAGUUCAACUACAUAUUCCUCCUCUUGUUAGACGUCUAUCAUUGGCCAUGGUGGCAGAGGCUAAUGGGCAAUAAGGUUCAACAACAUGGACACAGGUUCCAACCUUUGCAGUAAUAAGUAAUGCAGCCUUGUUACUUUGAUUACACUAGAUACAACCAUAGUGCACCAGGAAAUUAGCUAGGAAUUAAGACUUGGGGGAAGGGCUGCUCAUUUUGGAGAAGGAUCUCCCCCCCCCCCCGCUCUUAGCUUAUUGAUUUAUUUUGCUUAAUGACCAUGAACUGUAGAAUCCUCAACCACAUUCUUUUUGAAUGCCAACUUGUUCACAUUUCCCCUGUCCGUGAGCACUGAGAGCUAACUAGCUUACACACACAUCUUCCAAAUAAUAGAAAAACUCCAGGGAAGUGGAGAAAAUCCUGGACAUGGGAGCACAGUCAAGAAGGAUUUCUCUGCAAACACACUUGAGAUCUUUAGUUGAGGCAGACUUAAGAGAAAAUUCCUCAUCCGUCUUAUAGAACCACCAGACUGGAAGUGUCAUCUUCAGGCUGGCUGUCUGGACUCCUUCAGACUUCAUGGGGAGAGGUUCUCAUAAGAGAGGAGAGUUCCUGUACAUGCAUGGAAAACAAGCAAGUUGCCAAAAAAUUCCAGGCAAGCCUCCUCAAGAGGCUACUUUCUACGUGCGUUAAGACACACACCCACACACACCCACACACACACACACAACAGCAAAUCAUUCUGCCAUACGUGGCACAGUCCUGGCUGACAGGUUUGCCAAUACAGGCUUUGACCAAUACAGUCUUUCCCGGCAGAUACCUCUUUAAAGAAAUCAACUUUAGAAUGAUCUGUUUGGUCUUCAUGCUAAUUUAUAGAUGGUUUGUUUUCUGGUAAUUACAAAUAA